AUGUUGGAACCACAAGACCCUGACCUUUUGUGGAUUGUUAUCGUUGGGUUUCUUGUCGCUUUCGUGUUGGCCUUUGACGAGCCAGCCUUGAAGGUGCCACAGAACGACGACUCCACCAAGUGCUUAGCGCACUGUGAGCCAGAGUGUAAAAACGUCGAGGUGCCACCGCAUUUGACGGAUCCUGCAAACUUCCAAAAAUUUGAAGACAAACCAAUCAACUGCGUGCUAGCUUCAACAGUCGUGUUCAAGAGGAAACCAAAAUACCAGUGCCAGUACUUGGGCCUGUACCUGUUCGACUGCUGCCGCGCCUGCAACGCCAAACACGCUAAAUGCCUGAACUUACUCGGAAGUUUCUACGGAGGCCCAGAAUUCUGUUACAGGGACAACUACAAGUGCAUGUGCAAGUGUCUCGAUAAACACAACCCACCAGAGAAUUAUUAUCAAAUCGAGUAAAAAACAGUAAAUGACUGCUCUAACACGCGGGUACAGCGAGCUCUGUAAGCGGACCAAAAUACUAGUGUAGAGUGAAACGCUAUAUCAUUUCUCUACCGAGACAGUUUUUUGAUAUUGUUGUAAGUUUAGUUUAGUUUUUGUAUGCCCAGUUGAAUCUCCGAAAGCUUUCCGAAGUUUGUAUGAAAGUUUGUAACUAAUGAACGAAAUAAAUGUAUUAAUUGAAAAAAA